GGCGGGGGCCCCGGACGUUACCACGCUCAGAUAUCUUGGGAUGCCAGUGUUUGGCUCCCGUCGGGUGUUUGUUUGCGCAUAAAUUCGAACGUCCGCUCCGCCGUCGCUCUCUCUUCCUAACCAUUACCAUCUGCGCGCUCCCCCCAUAUCCUCUCGCGCCCUACUACACAUCCCCGCCUUCCGCUUCCGCAAUAUCGUCGUACCUGCAUACAAAAUGCCCCUUUACAUCAACGACUUCCUCCCCCAAUAUACGAAUGACGUUCAAGCUCUCCCUAGCUCCUCCUCCACAUCGAUGAGUGAGCCUCUCAAAGAUAUCUGGUCAACUGGGCGAGAGCCUUCUCUCGCCUACGACGCUUCCAUAGAUGAAAUAAUGGAAGCGCAUCCAUAUGUCGACUUCCUGGCUGAUCGCCCGUGCGCGACAGCGGAUCGGCUCGCACGAGCAGAGAGCCCCGCCCCUCCCCUUGAAUGGGAAUUCCGGCCUGAUCUUCCUGUCCUGCCGUCCAUGCCCAUUCCGCAGGCGGACACAUACGCACAGCCGGCGCCGGCGCCGCCCUCCAGCAAUACGCUCGGCACCGACUCUACCCCAGCUGCCGAAUCUUCUGCGGGCGACGAGCCCGCGCGUGACGAUGAGGGCCGUCGCCCGACCAAGAGGGCGAAGUACGAGGGGCCGGCGAGGCACAAAUGUAUAUGGCGGUUUAAGGAUGGUUCCCGGUGCACCUGGGAAGGGACUGCACAGGCGGGGUGGGAUCAUGUGCGCAGCACGCACAACCUCGCGCACCUCACCCGCCCGGAGCCGCCCCAAGCUCCCGUGCAGUGCGGAUGGGGUGGGUGCCCGUUCCGCGGGCUUCCCGAGGCUACCUACCAGCACUGGCGGGCUGCGCACCAGCCGACCAUGGCGAAGACGAAGACGGCGGGCGAGGGCGGCGCGAAGCCCAAGACGCAGUGCGGGGUGUGCUCUCUGGUGGUGCGUCGUGCGAACCUGCUCAAGCACCUAAAGCACACGCACUGGGGGUUUGAGAAGUGGUGCGACGGCUGUGGGCAGAAGUUCCGGCCGGACGUGUUCGACAAGCGGGCGCGCGACCACCGGGGCGAUUGUCUGGGGGACCUCAUGCGGUACAGCCCUCACUUCCGUCGUUAGGCAUGGGCUCUAGUGCUACGACGCUCCCGGUCGUCGUCGUUGGGUUUUUAUGUUGUUGUGUUGCUCUCGAGUUGUCACCUAUGUUACUCAUGUUGCCGUUUGCUGUAUCGCUCUGAAUCUGUACUCUUCUCACCAUAGUCUUGCUCUGAUCAUGUAAUUGCUUUCGAUGUAGCG